AUGGACGGCAACGCCAUCGCUAUCGAUUUGGCUCAACUGCGGUCGGAUUUGAAGGCUUGGGAACGCGAAUUCAAAGCGAGAAAGGGACGGGAGCCAACGAGGGAUGAUAUCAAGAAAGUUCCGGCCAUCGACACCAAGUACAAAACGUACAACAAAGCGCGAUCAAGGCCGGGAACGUCGUCCUCGGCCGCAUCGCAAGUCGGGGUCAAACAAAAUAAGAAACCAAUAGAACGCCCUUCGAAUCGCCCGUCCCCAACCGCAUCAAGCUCGACCACGGUAGAAAGCAUCGGGAAUGCCGAGGAGUCAUUCAACCCCUUCCGCUCACCGCGCAAAGGGGGUCCGUCUAUUGGACGGUCUCCUGUCAAACCAAAACUGGGCAUCCUCUUUACGGACCAGAAUCCAUUCGCCGCCGAUGAUAAACAAACUACUCCGACCACUGCUCUAUUCGCCAAGCUGACUGGUUCAUCUCCGGCUAACAAUCUGUCUGGCGGUACACUGAAAAAGUCUUUGUUUAUGAGCGCUACUCCUCCUGAAUUGCCUCCUUCUCCAUCCAAGUCCAUACUCAAGCCCUCAUCUGCACCCAUUGUCCUGACAGAUGUCGAACCCAACGUGGCUCUCACGCCCUCGAAAUACGUAUCAGCUGCAUCCCCCGCCAAGCUGCGAGCAUUAAUCCAGGCUAGUAAGACUGCUGAUACCCCCCGGACCAAGGCUCGGAAACGUCUCGCGGGAGAGGAAGACUUCACACCUGUCAAGUCGGACAAGCGCCGUCGACUGAACAAUCUCGUAAAUGUCAAAGUGCCCAGCAGCGAAGUCGAGGAAAUGGAACGAUCUGUCACGGAAGAAGAGAUGAUGGACGUUGACGAGUUCGGUCCCACGCCGAAAAAGACGGACGCGCCAAAACGCUUCAAAUCUAUCUUCGAGUCACCUAUGAAGCAGGAAAGUAAAGGGAAAGGUCUAUUCUCAAAGCGCACUGUCUCGUUCACCGGCCCUUCCUCAAGCCGAGAAAACUCAAAGCAGCCUUCGGAACCCCCCCAACCGUCGACCUCUCUCAAACGCCCGACUUCUCCAGAACCUGGAUCGUCGAAACCUAUGUCUGCAGGACUUAUCCCACCCUCCCCCCCCGCUACCACGACAGCUUCGAAAAUUAAAGCUCGAAAAAAACCAAAGAAGGGCAAGAAAACACAGAAGGAUGAAAUUGAGGAAAACAUGUCAUCAAGUGACUCCGAAAUCCAAAUCAGAGAGAUCCCCUAUUCACGUUGGGGCGGUAUGCAGGCGCGCCGCCGUCCCCGUGGAGGACCUGAAGACGAAGAGGAUGAGAUCUGGGACUUUGACGUCUUCCGCCCCGCUCCUGCGCUCUCACAGGAUUCAGCAAUCGCAGAGGAAGCGGAUGAAGAGCUCACGGUAAGGCUGCCCACGGAUAUGUUCGACCUGCUCGACUUGGACUCGCCUGUGAAGAAUCGUGAACAGGAAGAACGAGUCAUACAGCGGAUUUUUGACCCGAGGAGAAAGGGGAGCGUGGAACAAGAGGUGUUUGGCGCUGGAGAGUGGGAGGAAGAAGAAGACGAAGGGGACUGGCAGGAGGAGCCUGACGGAUGGAAGGGAGAAUCGCAACUGGAUAUGGAUGACUUCUAG